AUGCGUUUCUCCACCGCCACCGUUUUCUCGGCCCUUGUUGCCUUCGCUUCGGCCUACACCCAGCCCGACUACAACAAGUCUCCCGAGGGUAACCCCAUCUCCUCCCCUUCUCUCCAGGAGCAGGUUCAGGAGGGUAAGCCCUUCGAGAUCAAGUGGGAGCCUACCACCUCCGGCAAGGUCUCUCUGGUUCUCCUCCGUGGUCCCUCUACCAACGUCGUGCCCAUCCAGACCAUCGUCGAGGACAUCGAGAACACUGGCUCUUACUCCUGGACCCCCUCUACCAGCCUGACCGCCGAUACCACUCACUACGGUCUCCUCCUCGUCGUUGAGGGUACCGGCCAGUACCAGUGGUCUACCCAGUUCGGUCUCAAGGCCGCUGAGGGUAGUGAUGACGCCGCUACCUCCACCAUUGUCGAUGGUACCACCACCAUCUGUCCCGAGACUGAGACCGCUACCCCCACCUCUACUCCUGCCGGCACCAUCGUCACUGUCAUCGACAACGAGACCACCACUAUCUGCCCUGAGACCGAGAGCCAGACUCCCGCCCCUACCGCCUCUGCCUCUGCCACCCAGUCUUGGUCCACUGUCUACCAGUCCACUGAGAUCACUACCACCAUCUGCCCGGAGACUGAGUCCAGCGCUCCCACCGUUGCUCCUACCACUAUUCCCGUGGUGCCUUCCAGCUCUCUGAGCCGCCGUCCUAUCCGCCCUACCACCACUGCCCUCGCCAGCAGCAGCGUCCCCGUUGUUCCCACCGGAACUGCUGCCGUCUCUCCCUCUGCCACUCCCUUCAACGGUGCUGGCCAGAACACCAUCAGCUUCGGCGCUGUCGUUGCUGCCAUGUUCGCUGUCAUGGCUUUCUAA